GUCAGGAGGACUCAUGAGAGAGGGGGGUGACUCGUUGAUCAUCUUUGGAGGCCGGGCGUCACAGCAUCGAGACGCGUGCGCAGAAAGCAGCGAGAGAGAAAAGGGAGAGAGAAGGUGUUUUGUUUGAGAGUGUGAGGAAGGGCAAGAGGAGUGUUCGUCCAAACGUAAGGAGAGAGCAGACCCCUCUUGAGAGAUCUACUGACAUCCCUUCCUCCAGCAUGGCGGAAAUCACAUCUGCCCAAUGGCGGGCCAUGCUGGACGCGGCAAGCGAGUUUGAGAAACCGUUCUUUCAGAAACUUUAUGAUGAUGCGGUACUGAGGGAAGGGGAGGUAGAGGCAGCAGCUAAGGCCGCCAGCAUUGCUGCGCAAGAGGCCCUCCUGCAGGUUCCGGAAGCUAAUGCUGACCGGUUCGAGGAGAAGCUAGCUGCUGCCGUUGCAGCCCUGGUCCGUCUGCGGGAAUUGGAAGACUUUGAAUCUCGUGUGACAGCACUAGAGCAGCAGAACCGAGAGCUGCAGGCUGAGGUACUCAGCCUUAGACAGUCCCAACUGUCUGCCCCCCGCCCUCCUAACCCUCGACUUGCUGCAGUCCCGGUYCCUCAAACUAACACAGCCCUAGUGGCAAGUGCAAGUGGAACURUGGCAAGCGCAGGAACCGGUGCCAACUCUUCAAGCGGCAGCGCCGACAGCUCUGCACUCGUCAUAGUCCCAGGUGCAGGCCCUUCAGCCCAGAAUGCCCCAGUUCAUACUGGCAUUCCAUACAGCAGUCCCAUGGUGGACAAGAGGGCGGCCACUUUGCCGUCCAAGUACGAUGGGAAGGCGGAUAUUACAUCCUGGAUUAGUUCCAUGAGAUCAUACUUCGAGGUCAUGYGGACACCGCAGGAGGACCGAAGUAUGAUCAUGGGCACUAAUACUGAACCCGUCGUACGGAAUCAUAUUGAACUACAAGCUGUUGCAGCAGGCUACGAGAGGAUAGACCUGACUAGCUGGCUGAAGGUAGGCAACCAAGAGGUUGUCACUUCCACUCAUGUCGUCAAAGGUGUGCGCAUCACCUUUGACAAAGACCGCACUGUCACGCAUGAGCUCAACUUCUAUGUCAAGGACGAGUGUCCGUUCGAUGCAGUCAUUGGCUUGGGCUGGCUAAAGGCUCAUUGCCUAAGGACCACAUGGGCGGACAAUCAGUUCGUGGUGCUUGAUGCCAAGGGGAACGAGCGUACUGUCUUGUUGGAUGAGACGCGCGAGUCCCCUGUGACUCUUCUCAGUGCUAACAAAUUCUGCAGAUCGGUGCGCAGGCGCAAGGAAGGUGAGUUUGUACAUAUAGCUCUUGUMAAGCCUUUCCAUGUGCCUUCUACUUUUGCUGCAUUUUCUUCUUCKGAAGGUAACUCUACUUCUACUCCUGUUCCAUCUACUUCUACUGUGAAUACUCAGCCUACUUCUGAUUCGGAAACCUCUAAACCUGUUGUAAUUGCUGUAAAAUCCCAGUCUGAUUUUCUCUCCCCUGAUGAGGAUGAUCCUCCACCAGAAAUCCCAGCAAGCAUUCGCCUCCUAUUAGAUCGAUUUUCGGAAGUGUUGGCUGAACCUCGCGGAGUUCCCGAGMGUCCAGUCAAGCACAAAAUCGAGAUAAUAGAAGGGAGUGUUCCUCCAAAAGGCUGCGUCUACCGUAUGGGGCAAGGCGAGUUGGAGGAGCUGCGGAGACAGAUUGACGAUAUGAUUGACCGUGGUUGGAUUAGGCCUAGCGAGUCUGAGUUCGGUGCCCCUAUCUUGUUUGUGCCGAAGAAAGGAGGCAAACUCCGAAUGUGCAUUGAUUACCGUGGCUUGAACCGGAUCACUAGGAAGAAUGCGUACCCUUUGCCUCACAUUGAUGAUCURYUGGAUGCGGCCGGUGGUUGCAAGGUCUUCUCCAAGAUCGACCUCAAGUCUGGCUAUCACCAGAUUGAAGUCGAUCCGAGCGACCAGCACAAAACCGCGUUCAAGACACGCGAUGGGCUGUACGAGUUCAUCGUUAUGCCCUUCGGUCUCACGAACGCACCAGCCACAUUCCAGUCCCUCAUGGACAAGGUACUCCGCCACCAACUUAACAGGUUUGUGGUUGUGUAUCUUGAUGACAUUCUGAUUUUUAGCAAGUCCAUGGAAGAGCACGUCAAGCAUCUUGAGGAGGUCUUGCAAGUCCUCAAAGAUGCUCAACUGCACCUCAACUUGGAGGAAUCUGAGUUUGCCAGGGACAGCGUCAUCUAUCUUGGGCACUAGUUGUUUGCGAGCGGUCUCGAGCCGGAGGCAACCAAGGUUGAGGUCAUCCACAACUGGCCUCAACCAGCAAAUGUACGCGAGCUGCGUUCUUUUCUUGGUUUGGCCUCUUACUAUCGGAAGUUUGUGCCUAAAUUCUCUGUCAUUGCUCAUCCACUCUCAGGCCUGACUAGUAAAAAUGUUGCCUAUGC